UUGCUUUUUUGCGUUCCAUGUGUCCUCGCUUGCGCAGAAAGAGGGUCCUAUGUCAGCGCAUGAGCGUCACAUGGCGAAGAUGGAAAAGCGCGCCAAGGAACUGGAGGCGGCAAAUCUGCGGAGAAUGGACGUGUGGGCUAUGAGAGGGGAGGUGACAGCUGAUAAAAGGCCUGCGAACAGUGCUCUGGAAAUCGAGAUGGACUUCGAGCAUGCAAGGCGACCGCCGCCGGUGAUUACAGAGGAGGUUACUCGCUCGAUUGAGGACAUCAUCAAGCAACGGAUCAUCGAGCAUAGGUACGAUGAUGUGCAGCGGAAGGCAAAGCCGGUUGCGACGACACCGAAAGAUGUUGCGGAAGUGGAUGACAGUAAGCCUCAAAAAGGUCUUGGUGAAGUCUACGAGGAGGAGUUUAUGAAAGCGACAGGCGCGCACGGUUUGACAAAGGAAACAGAGAGGGACAAACUGAAGAAGGAGUCUAGCGCCAUCUUCAAGGACCUAUGCCUGAAGCUCGAUGCAAUGUCUCACUUCCACUUCACUCCAAAGCAGGUGACGGAAGACAUGACAGUCCGGCCUGCUGUACCGGCUUUGGCUAUGGAAGAGGUGGCUCCAAUCGCUGUGACAGAUGCUGACAUGUUAGCUCCUGAAGAGUUGUAUGAAGCCGGUGGUGGGGCUGGUGGUGUAAGAGGAAGCGCAGCAGGCGAAGUGAUCGUCGAGGGUGAGCUCACGAGAGAGGACCGGAAACGAUUACGCGCCAAGCGGAAGAGAAAACAGAAAGCUGAAUUGAAGCAGGAGGAGCACAAGAAGAGGUCCAAGUACGGGAUUUAUGCAUCACUUGUUGGUGGAAACAAGCUGGGCGAAAGCAAAAACACAAAGAAGGGCGAGGCUGCAAAGGACACAUCGUACACAAAGUCUGCAAAGGUUUUCGCGCACCUAGAAGAUUCAAAGUCGCGUGGAGCCGCCGGGCGUCAUGAAGAUGACGGCAAAGGUCGCUUAGCGGCCCGAGCAGGCAAGACUGAUGGCUCCAAGGUUGCAGUAGGGGGAUCAUCACUCAAGCUGUGAGUUUGAAUCUGGAAACGCUCCAUGUGCUCAAAGGGAAAUCUGGCAAAAGGGUGAGAAACGGACCGUGGACCUACUAAUGGUGAUUGUGCCUGGUGUCCAUAUUGCUGAAGGUCGAGACUCGAGAGUGGAUGGGGUUACCAUGGAAUAGGAGACGUCAAGACAGGUUGGAGGUAGAGAGGUGAGGAUUGGGAUAGGAGAAAGACGGGACAACACGGAGCACAAUUGAGAGAAAGUAAAAGGGAAUGGAGGCGUGAGGUGGAGAAACGCGGCCAACGUGGAGUGCAACUAAGCGAGAGUGAAAUGAAGGGAGGCGUGAGGUGGUGCCGUAGAGCUGAAGGAGACAAGUUAGAGAAUUCAAGUGAGAAGAAAGACUCAAGAGGGAGGAGAGGCAGAAAGUGACUCUGCAAAGAGCAAAAGCGGGGUGUGUGUUGCUCGAGAAGAAAACAGUGGUGAGAAAAGCCGGUUGGGUCGUUACAGCGGGAGAGGACACAAACAACAGCAACUGAGAGGACCUGUGUGAGGUAGGUGUGUGUGUGUGUGUGUGUAAGAGAGAGAGAGAGAGAGAGAGAGAGAGAGAGAGAGAGAGAGAGAGAGAGAGAGAGAGAGAGAGAGAGAGAGAGAGAGAGAGAGAGAGAGAGAGAGGGAGGGAGGGAGGGAGGUUGGGUGGAUUUACUGGAGUGCGAAGGUGUGUUGUAAUGUCUGUUCUGGGUUUGCUGCUUGGCACACAGAGGGGCUGCAAUUGCUCCAUGUAGAGAAGUGCCUUCCGUAAGAGUUGAUGCAUCUUGGUACACUGUGCCAGCACUAGGGACAGAAGGGAAGAACAGAUUGAUGGGCGCACAUAUGUUGCGAAGCUCAACAAUGGUAUUCGAUCGGAAGGUGAAUCCCAAAUUUUUGACAACGGUAAUCGAUCGAACGUAUAAGUGCAUCUGCAAAUUGUCCAGUUGUGUCCGGCACCACAGGUGUAGAGAAGAGAGCAGGGAGUGUAUAUUGAGAUGUAUCGCCUUUACGAGACGAGAGGAUAAUCGCAGGCGAUUUGAUUAUUGGACAUGAGCAUGAGGACAUUGAGGAGAGUGGUGAUUUUGCUGGCACAGUGCUACGAGAUGUGUUUUCGAGAAAUUUUGACACUUUUGUAAAUGUUCGAGUUCCUUUCUUAUUUCCAGUUCUUGGGAGAUUGAUUGGUGGUGGCCCUCGAUUAGCCAUAGUCUCCAUACAAUUUUGUCACAUUGGACCCUGUCCUUGUUGGCUACUCCCAGUGGCAGGCCCUCCGAGGGUUGGUUGGGCAUAUCAGGCCUGUCGAGCGCGUUGCUGUCGAGCAUGUCGCGAUGCCGACAGGGCAUGAGAGGCCCUGUUAGUGUUGCGGCCAAGCAUGCAGUGCAUCGCUCGCGCACAAAAAAAUCGACAUUUCUGCGUGUGCAUUGUACUCUGUUGUACUCUACCCGCAGCACCACUUCUGUAAGAAGAAGAAAACAAAAGUUUAUUAAAAUU